AUGGUGAAUGGAAGCACUAUCUCCAACCAAUUCCUAGCCAAUCUACCAAUUUUCAAGGGAGAAAACUAUGAUAAAUGGUGUGGGCGGAUGAAAGUCAUAUUCAAAUUUCAAGAUGUACUUGAAAUUGCGAAUGUUGGUUUCUUAGCAUUAGAGAAAAAUGCUACUGAGGCACAAAGAGUUUAUCACCGUGAAUUGAUCAAGAAAGAUGGGAAAGGUUUGUUAUUGAUCAACAACAAUAUGAAUUCGAAUAUUUUUGACAAGAUUAUCGAGCAAGAAACGACCAAGGAGGCUUGGGAUACUCUCGAGAAGCUAUAUGGUGGAGAUGAAAAGUUAAAUAAAGUGAACAUGCAAUCUUUAAGGAAGAAAUAUGAAAACUUGCAGAUGAAAUAUGAUGAAACCAUUAUUGAGUUCUUCUCAAAGAUGGUGGGUUUGAUAAAUCAGAUAAAGUCAUAUGGAGAAAAGACACCUGAAUUGCGGAAGGUAGAGAAGGUGUUAAGGGAUCUUCCACUCAAGUUUGAUCAUAUUGUGGUGGCAAUUGAAAAAUCAAAAGACUUGUCAGAGAUGAAGCUUGAAGAAUUGCAAGCAUAUCUUGAGGCGCAUGAGAUUAGGCUGAAGCAAAGAGAUUCAGAAAAGGUAUUUGAACAAGCAUUACAAGCAAAGUUCUUCAAGAAGAUGAAAGAAAACUCCUCAAACAACAAAAAAGUGAAACAAAAAUGGAAGAAAAAGUUGAAUGAUAAUGGUGAUGUUGGUAAAGCUUCAAGAAGCCAAGGUGAAACUAUAAUCAAUGGUGCAAAUCAAAAUCAGAAAGUCAAGAAAAAGGUUGACAUGAAGGAGGUACAAUGUUAUUGUUGUCAUAAGUUUUGUCAUUAUGUUCGAUAUUGCUACUACAACAAGAACAAUGAUGAGGCCAAGGGUAUGACUCAAUUUUCUCAUGAUGCUAGCAGUGAAUCUGAAGAUGUUAUCUUGAUGGAUGCAAUACAUUUGGAUUCAGAGAAAGAAAAUGUGUGCUAG